GACUGUGAGUGACAAGGUAUCCUACGCCUUCGGAUACCCGAUUAUCAUCUCUUUGAAACCAACGGCCUGAUGCACCAUGUUUUGAGGCCCAUAGCUUUUCGACUUGCCCUCGUCUCCCCUCUGAGGUCGCUCACCAUCACCCAUCAUCACCUCUUCUUCACAAAAUGCACCAUGGCAUCCAGCGCUAGAACAUACAAUGACGCAAUCGAUGCGCUCAACUCCCUCCAGACCCCCUUCGCCGUCAUCGAAGCCCGGCGCAAAGCGGGUAUCCGUCCCGAUGCGCACUCGGUAAAGGAAAUGCGUGCCUACCUCGCCCGCAUCGGCUACUCCUCCCAAGAUCUCGAUCGCCUCAACAUCGUCCACGUAGCCGGUACCAAGGGCAAGGGCAGCACCUGUGCCUUCGUCGACUCCAUCCUCACGCGUCAUCAGCAGACUCACGGCGUUCCCAAGCGCAUCGGUCUCUUCACCUCCCCCCAUCUGAUUGCUGUCCGGGAACGCAUCCGUAUCGACUCCAAGCCCAUCUCCGAGGAACUGUUUGCCCGCUACUUCUUCGAGGUCUGGGAUCGUCUCGAGACAUCCAAGCUGGCUCAGGAUGAGGUGGAACUGGGAAGCAAGCCCAUUUACGCUCGCUAUCUUACCUUGAUGAGUUACCACGUCUACCUGUCCGAGGGCGUCGAUGUAGCCAUUUACGAAACUGGCAUCGGGGGUGAAUACGAUGCCACCAACGUGGUGGACCGUCCCGUGGCCAGCGGUAUCAGCACCCUUGGUAUCGACCACGUCUUUGUCCUGGGUGAUACGGUCGACAAGAUUGCGUGGCACAAGGCGGGUAUCAUGAAGACAGGCAGCCCGGCAUUCACGAUUGAGCAGGUUCCCUCCGCAGCUCAGGUGCUCAAGGACAGGGCGGUGGAAAAGGGCGUGGAUCUCAAGAUCCUUGAUGUUGAUUCCAGGCUCAACGGCGUCAAGAUCCGUCCCGAUGCACCCUUCCAGAAGAAGAACGCAACGCUGGCUAUCGCGCUCGCUGAAACUGCUCUCAAAAAGUUGGACCCUUCUUUCAAGCCUGGCAGCGACAGUUUAUCACCCGAGUUUGUCCAAGGCCUCGAACAGGUUGUCUGGCGUGGCCGAUGCGAGGUCAAGGAGGAGGACCAGGCUGUCUGGCAUCUUGAUGGCGCACAUACCGUUGACAGCCUGAAGGUGGCGGGAAGAUGGUUUGUCGAGGAGUGUGUCAAGAAGGCCAAGGGCGGACCCAAGGUGCUCAUCUUCAACCAGCAAGGCCGGUCUGAGGCCGUUGACUUCCUUGAUGGCCUUUGCAACACUGUCAAGAGUGCUGAUCCGGAGGGAACUGGCUUUAGCCAUGUUAUUUUUUGCACCAAUGUGACAUAUGCGGCGACUGGCUACAAAAAAGACUUUGUCAACCAUCAAUAUAACCCCAAGGACAUUGAAAACAUGACACAACAACGAGUCUUCGCGGAGAGGUGGUCGACCCUCGACCCCUCUGCGAAUGUCAUGCUUAUCCCCACUAUUGAGGAGGCCAUCAACAAGGCCAGGAGCCUGGUAGACACCACGGAAGGCGAACAGAAAGUGCAGGCACUCAUCACCGGCAGCCUUCACCUCGUGGGUGGCGCGCUCGGCAUUUUGGAAAAAGCAGAUGCUCUCUGAAGGGGAGAUGUGGUUCGGCAGCAGUUUUCAACAUUUAUUUUAGAUAUCCCUCCAAUUUUCACAUGGUAUGUACAGGGUUUGGCAUUUUGCUUCGCAGCAUCUUUUCUUCGUUACAAACACAGGGAAAUACAGGAAAAGUACAGGAAGAUAGAACAAGGGGGUAAAAGGAAAAAAAAGCAAGCCAGUACUUAAUAUUCAACAUACUCAACUGUCUUGAGAAGACCACCAAGAAGGUGGAAGCUUCCCGUUACAAGGACAUUACACGUCUUGCCGUCCUUGCGCGCCUGCUCAGCGAUCUUUUGAACCUGUUCCAUGGCCGGCUCUACUGCGUUGUAGACCGAGGUCUCGGUCCCCGCACUAGCUUCCUGAACAAUCUUCUGCCCCUGCAACUGCACCGCGAGAUCUCUCUCCGGCUCACCCUCCGCCGGCGCCUUUUCCUCGUUCCUUGUGAGCACCGCGUAGGUGAACACCGGCGUCGUUGUCCCGCUUUGC